UUUAAUUACGCUAUGUGCGUUUAAUGCAUUAGCCUUUUUAAAGUCUUGACAUCACGAUUUGGCCUACCAUUUCCGGAAUGAGCUCUUAACUUGUCUGUGAACGAGGAACUACAAACACGUGUUUUAAAACAACUUUGUAAGCACAAAAAGUAGGCUACUUUUCAAAAAUCUAUGUGAGAAUUGUGCUCAUUUUACAUGUAAUCUACAUAAAGUAGGCUUUGACAACACUAAUAUCAAACAUAUUAAAGACAGUGCAGUAUGAAGAUAGGCUAAAACUGCUUCUCCAAUAGAAAUACCCGAGCACACUUAUAGCGAUGUUAUGGCGACAUUGGCUACCCAAACUCAUGCGUAGAAACACGUAAUCGGAUCUAAAAUCCCAUUUAUGCUUGAUCCUAAAAUGCUUGAUAUGGAGGGUGUGACGCAAUUUCAGGGGAUGCGAAGGCAUGCAGAGGCCGCAUUGAACUGGGUGCCACAUUGAAAGUCACCCUGUAAAAUACAACUUGAGCAAAAGUCUAAAAGUAUUUGAUUUUAAAUAUACUUAAAGUAUCAAAAGUAAAUGUAAUUUCAAAACUAUACUUAAAUAUCAAAAGUAAAAGUAUAAAUAAUUUCAAAUUCCUUAUAUUAGGCAAACCAGAAGGCACAAUUUUCCUGUUUUUUUAAUUUACGGAUAUUCAAGGGGCACACUCCAACACUCAGACAUUAUUUAAACAUGAAGCAUUUGUAUUUAGUGACUCUGCCAAAUCAGAAGCAGUAGGUAUGAGCAGGGUUGUUCUCUUGAUAAGUGCAUGAAUUUGACAAUUUUUCUGUCCUGUUAAGCAUUCAAAAUGUAAUGAGUACUUUUGCGUGUCAGGGAAUAUGUAUGGAGUAAAAAGUACAUUAUUUUCUUGAGGAAUGUAGUGAAGUAAAAGUAGUCAAAUAUAAAUAGUAAAGUAAAGAUACCCCCAAAAAAUACUUAAGUAGUACUUUAAAGUGUUUUUACUUAAGUGCAUUACACCACUGGCCUUCAAAUCAGAGGCACUGAUUUCAUAUAAAGUUGUUUUUGACAAAAAUGAAAAUGUGUCACUUUAACAAGGUUAUGGUAAUAACAUGUUCAACUACUUAAGACAUUGGUUCGACUCUAGGUUGUGCCUUUAGAUUUUGGAAUAUUUCACUUCUCUCAUUUGGCGUGUUUGAGUGGUAAUUCGACUGUAGACAGAAGUGGACAAGUAAAGUCAGGGUCGAAGUACAUGCACCAACAGCAAAUCGGACAACUUCUGUUGUUUCUAGGAAACCCAACUCUAACCAGUUUUCCAUCCAACCUUUGUAUGCUAGUAAAGUACAUGUUGGAUAAAACAUGUAAUGACAGGCCUGAUAGAAAGAGAAUAUUUUUUGGUAAACUUUCCAAAUGUCAACAAAACUAAAUAUGCUAGACAAGGUGGGAUCUUUUGUGUCGAAGUAUUUUAGAAAUAUCGGUAGAAACGCUUUUAUGCGCAAAUACUGAUAUAGUAACCAUUAUAUUGAAGAAAACUUGGAGUUUACGUGAUGACAUGUAUGGUCCUUCCAUUAUGUCUGGUAGGGAAAGCAUGCAGUUUAUUAGCCUACAGAUCAAGUUCAAUCAAUCAAGUUUAUUUUAUAUAGCCAUUCGUACAUCAGCUAAUAUCUCGAAGUGCUGUACAGAAACCCAGCCUAAAACCCCAAACAGCAAGCAAUGCAGGUGUAGAAGCACGGUGGCUAGGAAAAACUCCCUAGAAAGGCCAAAACCUAGGAAGAAACCUAGAGAGGAACCAGGCUAUGAGGGGUGGCCAGUCCUCUUCUGGCUGUGCCGGGUGGAGAUUAUAACAGAACUAUGCCAAGAUGUUCAAAAUGUUCAUAAGUGACAAGCAUGUUCAAAUAAUAAUCAUUAAUAAUUUUCAGUUGGCUUUUCAUAGCCGAUCAUUAAGAGUUGAAAACAGCAGGUCUGGGACAGGUAGGGGUUCCAUAACCGCAGGCAGAACAGUUGAAACUGGAACAGCAGCAAGGCCAGGUGGACUGGGGACAGCAAGGAGUCAUCAUGCCCAGUUUGCCGUGACGUAUGGUCCUAGGGCUCAGGUUCUCAGAGAGAGAGAAAGAAAGAGAGAACGAGAGAAUUAGAGAGAGCAUACUUAAAUUCACACAGGACACUGGAUAAGACAGGAGAAGUACUCCAGGUAUAACCAACUGACCCUAGCCCCCCGACACAUAAACUACUGCAGCAUAAAUACUGGAGGCUGAGACAGGAGGGGUCAGGAGACACUGUGGCCCCAUCUGAUGAUACCCCCGGACAGGGCCAAACAGGAAGGACCCACCCACUUUGCCAAAGCACAGCCCCCGCACCACUAGAGGGAUAUCUUCAAUCACCAACUUACAAUCCUGAGACAAGGCCGAGUAUAGCCCACAAAGAUCUCCACCACAGCACAAACCAAGGGGGGGCGCCAACCCAGACAGGAAGAUCACGUCAGUAACUCAACCCACUCAAGUGACGCACCCCUCCUAGGGACGGCAUGAAAGAGCACCAGUAAACCAGUGACUCAGCCCCUGUAAUAGGGUUAGAGGCAGAGAAUCCCAGUGGAGAGAGGGGAACCGGCCAGGCAGAGACAGCAAGGGCGGUUCGUUGCUCCAGAGCCUUUCCGUUCACCUUCACACUCCUGGGCCAGACUACACUCAAUCAUAUGACCUACUGAAGAGAUAAGUCUUCAGUAAAGACUUAAAGGUUGAGACCGAAUCUGCGUCUCUCACAUGGGUAGGCAGACCGUUCCAUAAAAAUGGAGAUCUAUAGGAGAAAGCCCUGCCUCCCGCUGUUUGCUUAGAAAUUCUAGGGACAAUUAGGAGGCCUGCGUCUUGUGAACGUAGCGUACGUAUAGGUAUGUACGGCAGGACCAACUCGGAAAGAUAGGUAGGAGCAAGCCCAUGUAACGCUUUAUAGGUUAACAGUAAAACCUUGAAAUCAGCCCUUGCCUUAACAGGAAGCCAGUGUAGGGAAGCUAGCACUGGAGUAAUAUGAUCAAAUUUCUUGGUUCUAGUCAGGAUUCUAGCAGCCGUAUUUAGCACUAACUGAAGUUUAUUUAGUGCUUUAUCCGGGUAGCCGGAAAGUAGAGCAUUGCAGUAGUCUAACCUAGAAGUAACAAAUGCAUGGAUUAAUUUUUCUGCAUCAUUUUUGGACAGAAAACUUCUGAUUUUUGCAAUGAUACGUAGAUGGAAAAAAGCUGUCCUUGAAACAGUCUUGAUAUGUUUGUCAAAAGAGAGAUCAGGGUCAAGAGUAACGCCGAGGUCCUUCACAGUUUUAUUUGAGACGACUUUACAACCAUCAAGAUUAAUUGUCAGAUUUAACAGAAGAUCUCUUUGUUUCUUGGGACCUAGAACAAGCAUCUCUGUUUUGUCCGAGUUUAAAAGUAGAAAGUUUUCAGCCAUCCACUUCCUUAUGUCUGAAACACAGGCUUCUAGCGAGGGCAAUUUUGGGGCUUCACCAUGUUUCAUUGAAAUGUACAGCUGUGUGUCAUCCGCAUAGCAGUGAAAGUUAACAUUAUGUUUUCGAACAACAUCCCCAAGAGGUAAAAUAUAUAGUGAAAACAAUAGUGGUCCUAAAACGGAACCUUGAGGAACACCAAAAUGUACAGUUCAUUUGUCAGAGGACAAACCAUUCACAGAGACAAACUGAUAUCUUUCCGACAGGUAAGAUCUAAACCAGGCCAGAACUUGUCCGUGUAGACCAAUUUGGGUUUCCAGUCUCAAGUUACAGUUGGUGAGGAGAAACUACAGAAAUGUCCAGUUGGCUGCAGUCGAAAGUUCAUGACGUUUGAUCACAUGGUUGUUGUAAAGGUCAUGCAGUCAGCAUGUAGUCGCAAGUCUGACAAUUUUUAUACCCAUAAUGCAACACACUUUGAAAGGUGGUGACCAACGUUGAUCAACGUCUUGACAAAAGUGAUCCGCUCGAACGUGGAAUAGAAUGGCAUCAAACACAUGGUAACCAUGUGUUUAAUGUAUUUGAUACCAUUCCACCUAUUCUGCUCCAGCCAUUACCUCGAGCCCUUCCUCCCCAAUUAAGGUGCCACCAACCUCCUGUGGUUCUCAGAAGUCUUGCGAUGUUGUGCUUCUUGGUUUAGAAACACUGUGAUAAUAUACUGCAGUCCAGUCCACUAUUGUUGGCUGUUAAAAUGUUCCAUAGUAUUGGCAAAUAUACUGAGAUGGGUUAAUUUAAACUUACUUGCUCAGACGGGCUGGGCCAUCCAGCAUCUCUGCUUUCUUCUUCUUCUUCUUCUUCUUCUUGUUCUUGUUCUUCUAUGGUAUUAUGGCGGUCCGCAAACAAGCGUUAGAGGUGCAUGCCGCCACCUACUGUAUGGGUGGUAAACUAUAGAAAAAAUAUCCAUUGUAGGAAAAAAGGGGGGAAAAACGACUUCAUGCAAAAAUUGACUCAUAAGAAAAACAUCCCACUGCUACAGUAACAUUCCAAUUCAAGUCACAUUCCUACAAAGGCUCAGGGGCCUGUGAGGGCGCAACAUCCUUUGACAGGAUUUCUUGCAAUGCCUCGGCUGUAAACUCACUGAGUCCAAAAAAGGGUUCUGCUGCACUCACAAUAAUUCAAAUUUUCCCAGAUUUCUUCUUUGUUUGUGCUGUACCAUUUAUGACCAUUGCAAUAAAUGCUACAACGUCCACCUUUUUCACAUGUAAUAUAUCAGGAUCCCUUGAUUGCCAAGAAACAUUCACUGGUGCAGUCUCAAUUACCAUUGCGUCUUCAACGCCACUUGCUCCUUCCACUCUUCUCACCGACUCCAGAUAGGAGACAUGCUGGAAAUCCCUUAGUCCCCUUCACCCUAACAGGGCAAUCUAGGGAUUCGGGCGCAUGUUCGCCACCACAGUUGCAACAUAUAACCUCAGCUGGCAUACAUUUUUCUUUCCGUCAGCAUACACUUGAUACAUGCCCAAAUCUUUUGCCUUCAUAACACUGGAGGGACUUGUGCACAAAAGCUCUUACAGGGUAUCUCAUUAAGCCUAGCUUUACAUGGGAAGGGAGAGACUCGUCAAAAAACAAUAAAAUGGACAAAGUGGGUUUACUUACUCCAUCCACCAUACAGGUCAGUCGACAUGUACCAAUCACUUCACCUACUUCCUCAGGUAUAUCAUCUGCAUUCACUUAAUUCGCAACCCCAGAGAUAACCCCCUUAACAGGCUCCCUGCUUUGGAAAUCCAUACACAACAUUAUAUUUAAAAAAUAUAUUUUUGAGGCGCAAAGCACGCUUCUUCUGGUCCGCGGAUAGAAUCGGAAUACCAGCUGUUGUGACUCUCACCAAUGCCACCUCACCCAAUGCAGCCAUGAUACUCCUCGUGACUUCAAACAGAUGCCCCAGGUAACAUUGAUCCAACACCUUCACUCUGACUAUAAACAAAUCUAGGAAUUUCUUAGUUUCCAUCACAACUGUAACCCACUCGUUCUCACUCUCAUCUUCGCCCAACCCGUCAUCAGUUUCAAACAGAACAUCCGUUUCCCGCCAUCUUCCCUGAGUAAAACUCAUCUCUGCUUUAUCAAUCUGUCUUAAUUUAAUCCUCCUGGAUUCGGGUAGACGUAACAUAGUAAAUGUAAAUCCGGUACAUGACAAUAUAAUGUUACAUUUCGUAUGGUAUGUAUUCAUUUGAGGAUGUCCAUCAUCAAUUUUUUACGAAUUAUAAUCCGUAUGAUAUGUUAAAUUGCAAUUCGUACAAUGUAUUAAUAUUUAAAUGUAAAUGUAUGAUAUGUUACAAAUUCCAAUUUUGAUAGGUGGCUAAUGUUAGCUAGGUUAGGGGUUAGGUUUAAGGUUAGGGUCAGGAGUUAGGUUUAAGGGUUAUGGUUAUGGUCAAAGUAGCUAAAAAGUAGUAAGUAAAUGCUAAUUAGCUCAAAUUUAAAAAGUUGUCCAUGAUGAGAUUCGUUGCUAGAAGUUUGCUUUAUACUGCCACCCAUCCACCCCGACCAUUCACCCUGCUUUCGUUUUUGCCUUAUGUAACCUUGUUUCUUAUGUAACCAUACCAAACAUAAUGUCAUACUAAUUUGAGUGUCCCAGAUUUAAAUUUACUAUGUUACGUCUAGCCUAUGAGAGGUGCCAGACCUCUGUCCUUUCUAGUAUGGCCAGAAAGUCACAACUCAGAAGAUGCACUUUAGACUACAAAGGGGGUAUCUAAACACUUCACUGCCCACUGGGUACAAACUGAUUGAAUCAACAUUGUUUCAAUGUCAUUUGUCAACGUAUUGUGACGUGGAAUCUAUGUGGAAAAAAACAUUGGAUUUCAAAAAGUCAUUAACUGUUGUUGAGGGUAAUAUUUUAACAACAGGAUUAGGUCAUCAUGGUAACCAAAUCUUAACAUGGACAAACCUUGUAUAAAAUAUGUUUAAUUUGUAACUUUUAACGCAGGGGUGGGGAACUCCUCGAGGGCCUGAUUGGUGUCACACUUUUUCUCCAUCCCUAGCAAACACAGCUGAUUAAUCAAACUGAAUUCUAAACUGAAGAUCAUGAUUAGGUGAUUAUUGGAGUCAGGUGUGUUAGCUGGGGCUGGGGCAAACCGGUGACACCAUCAAGACUGGAAUUGCCCACCCCUGCUUUAAAGCAACAUCAGAUUUUCAACGUUAUAUCCACCAUCAGCAAUAAAACAAUAGGCUGGGCAGAUCUCCUCCUGGAGAAUUGAUCCAUCUACAGCUAACCUUUGGUCUCCCAUCCAAGGUUUUAACCAAGCCCAGCCCAGGGCCCAUGUUUCCGUGUGUGGAUUUCUCUGCCGAUUGGCAGACUUGAGUAGGCCUCAACAGGCAUGACCACAGGACUGGACUCUUUUACCUCCUUUGACCCUGCUGCUCUACCUGCGUGAAAUAGAUGGAGCAAGAAAGACAACUCUACCUCUGUCUGCCAGAAGUACAAAGGUAAUGUGAGCUCAGACAACUGUGUACACGGAAGCCGUCCGGUCAGCUAUAUUGUCUGUUUUCCAGUAUCUUGAGUAAAGAGACACUGGAACCUCCUCACAGAAGCAUGGGACACAAACACCAGCCAGAACCCUGCCACCUUUUCCUCUGCACCACCCACCCGUUUACAUGUGCAGAUACCCCAAGGACUUCCCUCUGGAAGAGUAACCCUUAGAACACAUGCAUAGAGAAGAGCAUUCUGUCCUGUCCACACAGUCACUAUAAACUCCUGUAUCACAACUGUUUUGGAGAGACCAGAGCUCGAGAUAAGAGUGGACGUUAUAAGUAUAGCGGUAUAGGCAGCGGAAGCAUCUUUGAGUCAUGCAGGGCCGUGUGUGUCAGCUGUUGCUGGUGAAUGCUUUGACCUGUGGUCUGGAGGUGUGUAUGGCUGCAGGGACCUUCUACAUCCCCCCUCUACUGCUGCAGGCCGGCAUAGAGGAACGCUACAUGACCAUGGUGCUGGGAGUCGGGCCGGUUCUGGGUUUGAUCUUCGUACCUGUGAUCGGUUCGUAUAGUGACUCGUGGCGUGGUCGUUUUGGUCGGCGCCGGCCAUUCAUCUGGCUCCUAUGUGUGGGGGUUCUGCUGGGCCUGCAGGUCUUGCCCCAGGCUUCUCACCUAGCUGCCCUGCUCUACCCACAGAGCCCCCGAUGGCUGGAGGGGGUACUGCUGGUGGGGGCAGCCUGUCUGCUGGAGUUCUCAGGACAGGCCUGUUUCACACCGCUGGAAGCGCUGAUCUCAGACCAGUUCCCUGGAGAGGAGGAGAGCAGAAGAGCCUUUUCUGUCUACUCACUGAUGAUCAGCCUGGGAGGAUGCCUUGGGUACCUGCUCCCAGCCCUGGACUGGAGCCAUGCCCCCACAGCAGCCUACCUAGGUGGCCAGGAGGCCUUUAUCUACGUGUUGAUCACCCUCAUCUUCCUCACCUGCCUCGUCAGCACAGUCUUCAUCUCAGAGGACAGAUGGACUGGAGGAGAGAGAACCAGGAAGGGCGUUAGCGUGAGUUCCACCCUGAGCCCUUCCCAUUGGAGGAGCCGAUACUGUGGACACCCCUUGCUGUCGUGGGCCCAGUGUGUACGGAUGGCUGUGGGGUGGUGUGUGUCGCUGUGCGUGUCGGCACUGCCACGUGUGUAUGGUGUGUGUAUGAGCUUCCCGGCAGUGAUACGGCGGCUGUUUGUAGCUGAGCUGUUUAGCUGGAUGGCUCUGAUGAGCUUCAUGCUGUUCUAUACAGACUUUAUGGGAGUGGGACUGUACCGUGGAGUACCCAACGCUACACCUGGAACACAGGAGAGACUACGAUACGACGAAGGUGUACGCAUGGCGAGUGUGGGUCUGUUUCUGCAGUGCCUGAUCUCAGUGGUCUGCUCCAUCCUGAUAGAGCGCUGGAUGGUGUUGCUAGGCACCCGGGCUGUUUACGUUAGCAGUGUGAUCCUGCUAGCGUUAGCUACAGCUGUGAUGAGCUUCUCAAAGAGUGUAGUGAUGGUCACUGUCAUGGCUGCAGCUACUGGAUAUACCUUCUGUGUGCUGCAGGUCCUGCCCUACACCCUGCUGUGUCUGUACCACUCUGACAAACGGGUCUUUUUCUCCAGCGCCAGACCUUCUCAACAAGGGGAAAGUGACGACCAUACACACUCAAAGCCGCUCCUUCCCCCCGACAAUGCUUCCCCCAAUGUGUCUCUGCCCCUGGAUAGAGAGGGAGAGGCCGUACCCCUGCCUCAGAGAGGGAUGUGUCUGGACAUGGCUAUCCUGGACAGUGCCUACCUGCUCUCCCAGGUGCUGCCUGCUCUGUGUCUGGGCUCCAUAGUGCAGCAAUCCCACAGCGUCAGUGCCUAUAUGGCCUCCGCUUGCUUCCUCAGCCUCCUGUCCCUGCUCUGCUCCACCAGUGUCGUCUUCACACGCAGCGACCUCCACAGGCUCACAGGGUCAAAGGGCGAUACUCCAAUGCUGAGGGGGCUAAAGGAUUAAUCCAUUGUGGAUUCUAGUUUGUAUCUGUGUUCUAUUAUAGAUUUUUACAAAAUUUUGGCAGUCUGUCCUAGAAUUCUGUAGCAUGAGAAAUAUGCCGUAUGACUCAAAGGGUUGGGGAUUGCAGUUCUGACAUCAGCACCUCUGAGACAGAUGGGUGCUGUGUUGACACAGGUAGAGAUUAACACAAUCUAAGAGACAGAUCAUUCUUUCUGCACAUACUUUUUUAAAAUUUUCUUCCAGCCACAGAAUCACAUUGUGUGCGGUUACUUCUGGGCACAUUUCAUAUAGUUUUGUAGAUAUAUUUCUCUACUGUUGUCUCAUUCCGCUAUGGCAUUUCUUUAUCUGGAAUUCUAAUGAACUUAUGAACCUUAUAGUUGCUUAUGUUGACAUUAAAGAACUAGGUAGUCAUAUGAACAGUGCCAAUUGUGUUUUGGAUAAUACAUCAAUAGUCUUUGUCACCUAUCCCUUAACCCAACAUGUAAAUCUUCUGUUUUCGAUAUGCUAUGAUAUCAUAAUUACUUGAAGAGUGAAGUGGUAUGUAUUGGGAAUGUGGCAUUUUAUUCCUCAGGGAACUCGGUGCAGGUAAAUCAGUUUCUGUUGUAGGCUGCUAACUAAAUGCCUUAUUUUUAAACCAUGUACUUGAUUGUCAUCAGGUGGGAAAUGUUAUUCCAUGUGUCCUUGGACAUGCUUUUGCCUAAUGCAAUAAAAUGUGUUAAAUAUUU